GGGGGGCAGGGGGCCGUUGGUUCUUGCCGGAAGGACCUUGAAGGGUGCUGUGGGUGUCCUAAGCCAAGCCAAGACCACCAAACCCUGGAGGUCACACUACACCAGGAAGCUGGUGACCUCAAGAUUAGGGUUUGGGACAGGGUCAGUUUUCCACCACCUUCCACCUCCCGAGCCCUCUCGACCUUUCCCGGCGGCCCUGUAAUUAUGGUAUGUGUGCGUCAUGGGAAGAAGACAGGACAAACACACCCUGGGGCCGGGACCAGGCCACUCCUGUUUUCCCUGGUUAAAAAGCCUUGCCGGGGCCAGUGCCUGGAGAAUCCAAUAGGAACCCGGCAAACAGGGCCAAUUUGCAAUCCCAAGUGGUGUUUGAAGACACCGAGGACUUCUUGGAAGACAAGGUGUCUGGACCCCAAUGGAGAACGAUUCGCUCAGCUACCCCUACGAGUACGGGGACUACAGUGACCUCCUGGAUGUCCCCGUGGACUGCCGGGGCGGCGCCUGCCUCUCCACCGACGCGGUCCGCGUGGCCCCUCUGCUGCUGUACGCUGCCGUCUUCCUGCUGGGCGUGCCGGGCAACGUCAUGGUGGCCUGGGUGGCGGCGAAGGAGGCCAGCCGGAGGGUUGGGGCCACCUGGUUCCUGCACCUGGCCGUGGCCGACCUCCUGUGCUGUUUGUCCCUGCCCAUCCUGGCGGUGCCGAUCGCCCGGGAAGGCCACUGGCCCUACGGGGCCGCGGGGUGCCGGCUGCUGCCCUCGGCCAUCCUGCUGUCCAUGUACGCCGGCGUCCUGCUGCUGGCCGCCCUCAGCGCUGACCUCUGCCUGCUGGCCCUUGGGCCCACCUGGUGGGCAGCGGCUCAGCGGACCCGUGCCCUGCGGGUGGCGCAGGGCGCGGCCUGGGCGCUGGCCUUGCUGCUGACCGCGCCCUCGGCGCUGCACCGCCGCCUGCACCAGGAGCACUUCCCGGCCCGGCUCCUGUGCGUGGUGGACUACGGGGGCUCCGCCGCGGCCGAGGGCGCCGUGACCGCCCUGCGCUUCAUCUUCGGCUUCCUGGGGCCCCUGGUGUUCGUGGCCGGCUGCCAUGGUGCCCUCCUGUGCCGAGUGACCCGACGCCACUGGCCUCUGGGAGUGGCGGUCAUGGUGGGGUUUUUCGUCUGCUGGGCCCCCUACCACAUCCUGGGGCUGGUCCUCACCGUGGCUGCCCCAAACUCUGCGCUCCUGGCCCGGGCCCUCCGCGCUGAACCCCUGGUCGUGGGCCUGGCCCUGGCUCACAGCUGCCUCAAUCCUAUGCUCUUCCUAUAUUUUGGGCGGGCUCAACUGCGACGGUCACUGCCAGCUGCUUGUCACUGGGCCCUGAGGGAGUCUCAGGAUGAGGAGGAAAAUGUAGUAAGCAAGGUAUUCACCAGUCAUGACCUGGUGUCAGAGAUGGAAGUGUAGGCAAGAGGGACACUGGCUUUUUAAUCUCCUAUUCCAUUUCACAAAUAGCUUCAGGCAAAGCUGGAUCCAGGAGUUUCAUUUUCUCCCUUCAUUCAAAGAACAUCCAUCGGCCCUUGCUGUAUGCCAGGCCCUGAUAUAGGCAUCAGGGUACAGUAGUGACCAGGACAGACACAAAUUCUGCACUCAGAGAGCUGACGUUGUAAGGGAGGAAGACAGACAAUAAGCAAAUAAAUGAGCAUGGAAUAUGGGAAGGGUGACAAGUCUAAGAAACCUAAAAGAGACAAACGGGACUGGAUGGGGGCAGGAGAUGUCAGUCAAAAAAGUCUCUGGGGUAAGGUGAUAUUUGAGCCCAAACCUACACAAGGGGAGCAGGAGUUGUGCUUAUAACUGGGAGAAAAUUGUUCCAAGUAGAGGAACCAGCAGAAUAUCAUGUGUAAAGGCCCUGGGGUGGCUGGAGGCAGAGCUCAUGGCAGAGCACUUGCCUAGUAAGUCCCAGGAAAUAUUUUGGCCCUACUUAUACUAAAAGUUAUUUGUUGUUUAUCUACAAUUCAAACACAGAACACUCAGUAUUUUUUUUUCCAAGUUUCCUACUCUGAGUGUCUUGAUUGACUUAGAUUUUAGUAAAACCCCUCUCUGGUUGCUGGUAGAGAUGUCUAGGGAAGGAAGCAGGAAGUAAGGAGCCAAGUGAGGAGGUUACGCAAUAGUCCAUGCAAGAGGUGGUCAGGGUGGUAGAGCAGAGGUACUGGGAGGCUAUUUUGACAAAAGGCCAUGUCCAAGCUCCUUGGCUUGGCAUUCGAGGCUUCUCUCCACCACUUCCACUCUAGCUUCUCACACUCCAUAGGAGGCAGAAUAAUGGCUGCCAGUGUUGUGCCCAUCCUAAUUCCCUGGCGCCAUGAAACCCUACAUUGCAAAAGGGACUUGCAGAUGUGAUGAAGUUAGGGGUGGGGACAUUAUUCUGGCCUGUCCAGGUGGGCCCAAAGUCAUCACAAGGGUCCUUUAAAGAUAAAGUAGGAGAUCUGAGUCAGUAGCAGAAGAUGUGAUAACCAAAGCAGAGCCUCCAGUGACAAGGGGAAGGGGCCACAAGCCAAGGAAUACAGGUGGCCUCCAGAAGCUGAAAAAAGUCAGGGUCAGAUUCUCUUCCAAACUUCCAGAAGGAAAGCAGACCUGCCAACACCUUGACUUCACACUUUUGACUGCCAACAUCUUAAGAGAACAGGUCAUAUUGUUUUCAGUGGCUACGUUUGUUACAGCGGCCACAGGGAGCUCAUACAAACUGUCUGGGCUGUCUUAUUUUCGUGCUUCUGGGCCUUUUCUCAAGCUGGCACUGCUGCCUGGAAGGCCUGUCUCAUCUAUGCUGCCUGAUUUGGUGAUCACAAGUCACCUAUGACUAUCCAAAAUAAAAUUAAUUGCAGUUUAAAA